UUUGUUUUCUGUAGUUAACUAGCAUAUUGUCUCAAUCUACUCUUGCAUGAUUGCUGGUAUGGUUUGUUUCUUGUAUAUUAGUUCCCAAGAUUUAAAAUAAGGUUCUGGAACCUAAGUAUGUAUUAGAACUGUUAGAAUAUAUGAUAAUAUAUUCUUGAUGAGUUGUAAAUAGAUUAUGUAUAUUUUUUAGUAGUAUACUUAGUCCACGAGAUCUUAUUGUUAGGAGAUUGUUAGCGUGAUUGACGCACAAUCAGUUGCAAGUAUAGGUUGUAUAUAUACUGCAAACAAUAUGAAUGAAAGGCACGGAAUAUAAUUCCUUUAUGGUAUCAGUCAGCUAGGGUUCUCUUCCUUCUCUUCCGCUGUGCCCUAACUGCUUCUUCCUCCGUCUUUCUUCUCUUCUCCUCUAGUCACCAUGACUGACGGCAAAACCUCCUCUGGUGGCUCUUCCUUUCAUCCGGCUCUUUCGGUUUCGAAUAUACGAAACCAUGUCUCCAUUGUUCUUGAGAUGGAGAACGUACAGUACGGGACUUGGGCGGAGCUAUUCAAGAUUCAUGCUCGCUCACACAAGGUUCUACACCAUAUCAUCCCUCCCCCACCGGGAAAGGAGAAGCCGGCUCCUAAAACGGAUGAUGAGAUUGAGGUAUGGUCCACCCUCGACGCUACUGUGUUGCAGUGGAUUUAUUCCACCAUAUCUACGGACCUGCUCAACACAAUUCUUGAACCAGAGGCCACAGCAAUGGAGGCUUGGACCCGUUUACGGGACAUCUUUCAGGACCAUCAAACAUCUCGUGCCGUCCUCCUUGAACAAGAGUUCACUCAUACCCGUUUGGAAGAUUUUCCGAACGGCGCUGCGUAUUGUCAACGACUGAAAAGUCUCGCCGAUCAAUUGAAGAAUGUAGGUGCUCCGGUUCCCAACAGCCGAUUGGUUCUUCAACUUGUCUCCGGCCUUAGUGAAGCAUUCAAGGGCAUCGGUACACAAAUUCGGCAUGCUAAACCUCUCCCUACAUUCAGUGAAGCCCGUUCCUCCCUCCUCUUGGAAGAACGUGAACUGGCGGCUCAGGCAACCCAUGGUGGUGGUGCGGCCAUGCUGGUCGCGGCUGACCCUCCCCCUCCUGCUGAUAACAACCGCCACAACCGAAACAAUGGCAAUCGUAACAACUGUAACAACGGACGUCGAGGCAAUGCUGGUGGCCGGACUAAUGGGGGCGGUAAGUCGGGACACGGUGGCUCGGGUUCUGGUGGACGGAAUAACGGUGGCUCGGGUUCUGGUGGCGGCAAGUCGGGAAACGGUGGACAACAGGGGCAGGCUACGAGUCAAGGAAGUUGGCAGUGGCAAUGGGUGCCCUCUUGCACUCCCCCUCCAUGCCCAUAUCCUACUCACAUGUGGGCUCGUCCACUUUCUCAUUCUACUGGCCCAAGAAAUCAAUCAAGUGUGUUGGGCCCUCACCCACAACAAGCAUACACUGCUACUGCAUCUCCUAUGGGAUCGUACAUUCCGACGUACACUCCAACCGAUAUUGAAGCCGCAAUGCACACAAUGAGUAUGAAUCCACCGGACCCAAAUUGGUAUAUGGAUACUGGUGCAACCUCUCAUAUGACAUCAACUUCUGGACUUCCAGACGGGGAUGGCUCUAAUGAGAUGUGAGAGCCAGGGCGACCUUUAUCCCAUCACCACCAUCACACCUCCAUCCACAAAUCAUUCCACCUUUGCGGCACUUUCCUCCUCCCUUUGGCAUGAUCGUCUGGGUCACCCGGGAGCUUCUAUUUUGGAUUAUCUUA